CUUUCAAGCUGGCAACAGCAUUUUAAUGAAGACAGAGAGAAAGAUACAAUAUGCAAUAUGAUACCUUCUCCCUUUCCUCACCUCCAUCCCAGCCGGGAGGGGCUGUGCCCAGCUCUGAGAACUGCUUUGCCUCAAACUCAGCUCUUUACCAGCGAACAGGACAGCAUCCCUGUGGCGGGAGGCCCUGAAGUCUGAACCAGCGCCAUGGAGGGCUCUGUGCUGAGCCCCACAUCCUGGGAGAGGCGACGGGCCUGGCUCCGACAGAGCCGGCACUGGCAGACCCAGGUCCUGGAAGAGGAGGCUGCCGCAGCCCUGCAGGGUGUCCCAGAUCCCGAGCCUUCUGGCCUGGAUGAUGUUUUCCAGGAAGGGAAUCCAAUCAACAAGAUUGAAGACUGGCUGCAGGAUUGUGGAUACUUUGAAGAAGGGUUUUUUGAGGAAGCAGGACAGCCGAUCCACAACGGGUGCCCCAGCCAUGGAACCAGCUUUGAAGAUGACUUGACCCUCGGAGCAGAAGCCACACUGUUGGCCGCCAACAGCAAACUCUUCUCCAGGAGCUUCCUGGAGACAGCCCGGCCUGGGCAGCUACUGGAUCUUGGCUGCAGUUUGGCUUCCAGUAGCAUGACUGGUGGGACCAACAAGACUAGUUCAAGCAUCUCAGAGAUUCUGGACAAGGUGCAAGAAGAUGCAGAAGAUGUCCUUUUCAGUCUGGGCUUUGGCCAGGAGGACCACAAAGACACUUCUCGAAUUCCUGCCCGAUUUUUCACCACUCCGUCUCAGGCCAAAGGCAUUGAUUUCCAGCUCUUCCUGAAGUCCCAGGUGCGGAGGAUUGAGAUGGAAGACCCGUGCCUCAUGCUGGCCAGCAGGUUUAAGCAAGUGCAAACACUGGCCGUCACCGCCGAUGCCUUCUUCUGUCUCUACUCCUACGUAUCUAAGACCCCUGUCCAAAAGUUCACACCAUCCCACAUGUUCUGGAAUUGCAACGCAACUGAUGUGCCAUCCAUCAAGAUUCUGGCCCCAGAACCUGAACCUCACUCACCCAGAGAGCGUCUCCGGAAAGCCAUCUCCAAGAUGUGCCUGUAUACAUGCCCACGAGAUAGGCUGUCACCACCCGACCACACCCCCAAAAGGAACAGUUUAGACCAGGUGGUGUGGGAAGUGAUGGACAGAGUGCGAGGAGAGAAGUUGGUCCUCCAGCAAGACCCUGGGUUUGGGCCAGUCCCACAGGGAGAUCCUGUGCCCCCCAUCAGGGGUACAAAGCUGCCCACUUCUUCCUGUCCAUGUGCCCUCUGCUUUAAAGAGGAAACACAGCAGGGGAUGUCCACAUUGCAAGAACCAUCAGAAACUCUGGAUUCUAACCCCUGUUGCACACAUUCUCUGCCCAGAGCAGAUCUACAGUGGAGCACAGACCCUGCACAGGUAAAGAGACAGCUGUGGGGUCUACAAGCCACCAGUAAGGAAGCCCAUUCAGCCAAGGAUGAGACCUUCUGGAAAAGAAAGAGCAGAGCAAGAAAGAGUCUGUUUCAGAAGAAUCCCAUGGGCAGGAAGGUUAAAUCACUGGACCUGUCCACCAUCCAACAGAAAUGGAAACAGGGCCAAGAGAGAACAGAACUGCACCGAUCUCUAACCCAGCAGCUGCAGGACACUUUGGACUUGGAGGUGCAAAGCAACAGUGAGGAGGAAGAGAGCCACUGGCCCAGCAGAUCCAGAAACCACCACCUGUACCAGACUUUUGCUGGCAAAGACUCAGGAAGCUUUUACCACCACCACAGCACGUGCUCUGACGGCAGCAGCUUCAUAGAAGAGCCUGACUCCCACCUCCUCUUGCAGGAGGCUGUGUGGCCUCCAAUAUCCAGCUCCUGCUCUCUGGCCCUACAAACUCCUAAUCUCAGUAGGAGAAAAGCAGCAUGGUACACCGGGCAGAAGACCAGAGUAAGAGACUUGGAAUCUCCAUCCUGAUGCUAUCAUGAACAGCAUGCACAGAGACAGACCUUAGGCAGUCACUUCAUUUCUCUUUGGUUUUUCUACUCUGUGGGUAUUAGAAUACAUGAUCUACAUGAUAGGGACAGUGGUAACCUGGACAAAUACUUAAUUUUCUCUCAAGCUUUGACACUGCCUAGGACAGUUAGAAGAUUUAAGGAUGAUCAAAUUUGAGGAACAAGGGUUGCUACUGGAAUACUCUCAAAGGGCUCAAGCUAAAUGAGGAAGCACAAAUCCCACUUUCAGGCCCUGAAACCUUGGUGCAGCCUACAGUAGGAUUCCCUCUGAGCCUCUAUUCAUCCCUCUGUGCUCCCAAUUAAAUUCCAGGAAGUCGUCCACC